AUGAAUUGCCAACAAGAUGACACAUUGAACAACAAUAGCAACGGCGGUGGUGGGAAUUCCAAUCCCUUUCUGAGCAGAUACGAAAGUCUCAACAUAUCGAAGAACAGCUCCGCUGAAGAAAUUGCCGAAAAAUACUUAAGGAGUAAAUUGAGCUUGAAUUUUAAAAACAUUGGCAAGGCAAGUUACACUGGCAGUGGAAGUGCUCACAGGGAUUUCUAUGAGGGCAGCAAUGCAGCAGGGAAGUCCCACAUUGGAGGAGCGGCGAAUGGUCGGAGGAGCCAUUUUAACGGUGCCAGCGGCCAGACAAGCUAUCGUCCUAAACCGAAUGAUUACUCGCGGCCCGAAGGGACGGGAAACCCGAACUAUGACAGUCACUUCAAUAACGUGUCGAUGUUUUCCGAGGCAGGGAACACGAACACGGGCAGCGGCGGUGGUGGUGGUGUCGACGCUGGCCGUGGCGGCAAUCUCCACUUUAACUACUGCAGUCAGCAGAAGGAUCAGAGCCGAGGGUACAACAACAAUUCAGUUCUCCUCUCAAAUAACAUGACUAAUUUUUUUAGCUCCACGAAUUCGGCUAGUCCAACCGAUUUUACACACCUCAGCAAAUUCAAAGAGGAGAGCAAAAACAGGUACUACGUGGAAGACGAGUUUUUGAAGUUUGGCCCGAGUACCUCCAAAGCGGUGCCGGACGAAGAUCCCAACAACGUCAUUCAUAUGAGCAGCAUUGACGAGCUGCUUAAGAGGUAUGGAAGCAGCGGGGAGGGAAGCGGAAGCGGGAAUGGAAGCGGGAAGAGAAGUGGAGACGGCUAUGGCAACGGCAACUUCAGCGGAAACUGCAUGGACCGCACUGCAGGUAGUAACACACACCCACGGCGCCAAUUUGGAGGCGUCAACCCCAUUUUCCAUAGCCCAAGCAGGGGGGACAAUUCUGAGGGAACCAAAAUUAACACCUCCUUGGUGAACAGAGCGGAAGUUAUAAAUGGAAGCAGCGUUGGAAGGGAAGGCCGCUUUGAUAGGGAAAGCCGCCUUGCAAGGGAAAGCAACAAGAGCUACUAUUCCAACCGGAUAAGCAGAUUCGUUAGAGACACCUCCAAGGAUAGUAGUAAAAAAAAAAAAAACUUAAUGCAAAGAAAUAAAGAGUACGUGCAUUACCUCAGCAACCGAAAUAGCAUUCUCAAGAAUGAGGGGUCGAUUAGGAAAGACCUGGGAAAGAAGAAAGGAGUUCCCAGCAAAGUUGAAGGUACCUACUUGAGGCGGAAAACGAACAUGGACGGGAUCAGACGACACGGAUCUCUGUUCAGCUCUGUUCUCAGGGGCUACCACAGCAGGUGCAACAAUGAGAAGGAGAUGAUUAGCAACAAUGCGAAGGAGCUGCUUCGGAACAAGACGGAGCAGCUUCGGAACAACCACAUUUUUAACGACAGCCAUGUGGAGGACGCUCAGAAUAGCAGUAGUUACAGGGGGGCGAUGGACAAGGAACAUCCGAACUUGAGCGGGAGAAAUGAUGGGCCUGAAAAUGCCUUUCGCGGGAGAAAUGAUGGGCCUGAAAAUGCCUUUCGCGGGAGAAAUGACGGGCCUGAAAAUGCCUUUCGCGUGAGAAAUGACGGGCCUGAAAAUGCCUUUCGCGUGAGAAGUGACGUGCCUGAAAAUGUCUUUCGCGGGGGUAAGUCGGGGCACACUGAUCAUAUUGGCAGUAGCGCCAUCAACAUGAGUUUCUUCAAAUCGACCUACUCGGAAUCGAGCAAUCUGGAAGACUUCCCUGCCAACGGGGGCGCAAGUAGGGAGGUGAAUGGCCCCCUAAAUAGCCUAACAAGCGACAGUUCCUAUUUGAUCCCCCUCGAGAGAAGAAUCCAACCCGGGGAGUUACUAACGAGCAGUGUGCACAUGUCACCGUUGCAACCGAGCAAAGACACGUCCAGCCAUUACAACCAUUUAAGUAGCAAACCGGGGAGGUACGAUGCGGUGUAUGGAGACGAUAGUGCAAGUGGCAUGGUUAGACACACUACGGUGAGGGGAGAACAAAAUGGGGACUAUCUUCCCCCCGGGGAUGCAUAUCAUAAGAAGGAAGACAGGGGUGUGUAUGAAAAGAAGCUGCCACCAACGGGGGACUACUUACUGAGAAGCGGUGAAAAGGCUCCCAUUAGAAACUGCAACGAUGGCAUCCGUAGUGGUAGCGGCGUGAGGAGUAUCCAAGGGACGGGGUCAAACAGAGGGGAGUUUCCUUCCUACAUGGCCCCUAACUCGAGGAUAUCGGAUGGCGACAAAGGGGUGAAGACCUUUCUCCACCCUUUGUACGUUUCGGGGAAGAAGCCAACUAACCUAUGCAGCAACAAAGUGCAAAGAAGCAAUCUCCUCAGCAGUAACGUCAGUGAGAAGAGAUCAAGUCAGAACAGAAUAACACACGGGGGAAUGCUGAACGGUGGAAUGAUGAACGGUGGAAUGAUGAACGGUGGAAUGAUGAACGGAGGAAUGCUGAACGGAGGAGUAAAUUCCGCUGAGGGGACGCCCAGUGUUUUGUCAAAGGAAAGAAGAAAAAAACACAAGAACGGAGUCAGUAGCAUACACACCUAUGAAGACUACUGCAAGUAUCUCACCGAGUCGAUUAAUGACAUACCCAUAACGACUAAAAAUAUAGAUGUGUUGCUCUCCUUGGCAUUGUACUUUCUUACUUAUCAGAUGAAUGGAAAGACGAAGGGGAAGGACCUUCCCGAUCAGGUCCUCAUAAAACUCCUAAACAAGUUUCUUUAUUGCUUAAAUUUGAAGACAUGCUUGCUAAAGGACAAUCUGGGGGGGCGGCUCCAGGAUAGCAACAAGUACUACUAUAUACAGAUUAGGAAAAAUGAGAAGGCUUCCUCAGAGGGGAAAGAGGCAGAAGAGAACGAAAAAGGGGAAGAGGACAAACGGGAAGGCGAAAAAGGGGCAGACAAAAAAGGGGACAACACAAAGGGGGACUCCCUUCACCGAGGGGUGACAACACCACGUAGAGAUGGCAAUCCAAAGGGGGGAUCCCCUGACCAGCCCAAUCAAGUAAACUUAUUCACCUUCUACAACAAACGAAUCGUCUUAGAGAAGAAGGACCAUGUGGAGAGUACGGACGACAAUCCCACAGGGCUCCUCCCUAACCAAAGUCACUUUUGUGAGGAGGGAAAUUACAAAAAAAAAUGCUUCUACAUUGGAGAAAACAUGAAGAUAAUUACAUUUAUGGACAUAUUAAAAAUAGCCUGGUGCCUGUGUGUGCUGAAGAGAGACAUGCAGUACGUGGAUCUGCUCAGGAUCCUAUACAAGGAGGUGGAGUGCAUGAGAGUGUCCAAAGAAUUGGUCUUUUUCGUGAGUUACCUUUUUACGUAUUGCAAUAUAAUCCACGUGGAAGAGUGCAAAGCGGAAGUGACGAAGCAUCUGCAUCUAAGAUUAGAAGAGAGCAGCAUUGAGAACCUGUGUGUGUAUCUUCACCUGCUUCAUAUCUGCAGUGCACAGGAUAAAAGCUUCCUAACACAGAGCCAUAGGAAGAACAUAGACAGAAUUGUCGCCUAUUUUUACGACAGGGUAGAGGAUCUCAGCCUUUAUGCCUGCACGAACAUCCUCUGUGCCUUAUCCAAAUUGGACGUGAAAAAUGGAGAUUACCCCUACUUCUUUCACAAGACAGUUAACUAUUUUCGAAGUAACAUUAAGAAGCUCACCAAGUGUGUGCUGCUCGUUAAUGUCCUCUGGUCUUUGUGCUUGCUAGAGGUGUGCUGCACCGAUUUUUUCAAAGACCUCAGUGAAUAUAUCAUCAACAUUUUGCACUUCCUACCCCUGGGAGAGUUCAUCACCAUCUCGUGCUGCUUCAGCUGCCAGAAGAUGCUAAUCGUGCGAAAUUACCUCAAUAACUCGAGGAAGACAGCGGAAGGGAAGUCGGACAAGGGGAAGACAACGGAAGGGAAAUCCCAGCAGAGGUGCGAAGUGACCACUUCGAAUGAAAGUGAGUACCGGGCCUACGAGCCCGUCGCCGCGGAGUACUACGCGCGCAGGAAGCUUUUCCCUUACGGCUUCUACCGGCGGCCGGUCUGCCACGCGCUCAUCUUUAAGAUCCUCGCGUACGGCUUCCUGCAUUGUGAACAGCAGGAGGGUGGGGAGGCGCUUAGCGGUGGGGCGGUUCCCAGACAGCCGCACCCCGGUGAGGCAGUUCCAGGUCAGCCCCUCCCCCCGCUUAACCACCACACCGACCGAAGCGGUGCCGGGAGGAAAACCUGCAGGAGCCUCAGCGUGGAGAACAGCAAGGGGGGUUACUUCUCCGUCUCCUCCACCGCGCGCGAUUCCAGUGCACACAGCUCUCGCUUUAACAGCUCCAGCAUCGUUGGCGGAGUCACCACGGUUGGUGGCGUCGGAGGAGAAUCACGAAACGAAGUACAGAAAAACAAGUACCCCAAGAAGCUCAGCGAGAAGAAGAAAAUCAAAGAACACUACAAUAUGUAUGAGCGAAGCAAUAAGUAUGAAUUUGCAUUGAACUCAUGUGAGAGGAUUCUAUUUGAGAAUCUCAUAGAAGACUGCUGCAACAACUUCGAGGCGCUAAACUGUUGCCACCUCGUCGAGCUGUUGUUCACUCUGUGCACGCUGAAUUUAGAUCGAUCGAAAAUCGUAAAAUUGGUCGAAAAGAAAGUCGAUUGCUCUCUUUUCGAGGAGAACUACGAUAAAGCAGUGAAGAAGAAGAGAAGAAGUAGACAGAAGGACCUCACCGAGGAGGAGAAAAAAAACCAAAGAAAUGAUCUCAUCAUUCUUAACUACAUUUAUAACAAAUAUGUCCAGGAGAGUAGUCACUCCUGCGGAAGGGCCGACGUCGACGAGGGGUUCCUCCAAAUGGUAGACAAUAUCCACUUCUGCAGGUACAUUAAAGAUGACCUGUUUCUACGGGUCAUUAAAACGAGCAAAGGGGAGGACAGAACCAGCAGUGGUCCGUUCUCCAAGCUGAGACAUAUUCUAAAUGCGGCUACUGUAAGGAGGGGGAGUCACGAAAGUAAGGAAGACACUACGAUAAGUAGCGGACAUGUGGGGAACAGGAACUCUGGGAAGGGAGUCCCCCUUGGAGAAGGAGAAAAUAGUAUGUCUAACUGGCACCAGCAUGGUGGAGAUCCGAUUGGCGGAUCGAGGGGAGGCAUAGAAGAGACACAGCACAAGGGAGAACAACAUCUCGAUGGAGGAGAACACCUCGCUGGAGGAGAACACCUCGCGGGGAAUUUCUCCAACCAGCAGAGGGGCACUCCCGUGAGUGGAAGAAAUGGAUUGAUCGGGGGGUAUCUCCCAGGGGGCAGCAUCCAGAUGGGGGACAAGCUGAUGGAGCGCCCCAAGGAAGUAGAGCUCCGGAAUGGCGCAGGCGAGUACGCACGGGAGGGGGUGGACCCAGUGAAGCGGCUCGACGGAGUGGAUCGUGUUGACCGACUCGACCGUCUAAACCGCCAACACCACGAGGGCGAUACGCCGAGGCAGCUAAACCAGUUCAAGCAGGACAUACAGAACACAUACGACGCUGCCAUUUCUUAUUGCAAUAAGCGGACCAAUCAUCUUUCGAAGAAGGAGACUCUCCUGGGCAGCGACAAUGCCGGUGCAGACAGGGCACUAAAAGAAAGUGGCCAUCUCCAACAAAACGAACACUUUCUGAAUAACGAAAUUUAUGACGACAUAGUUGCAAAGAGAAAUAUAAAAAACAUUAUGAACAGACACAAGGAGAAGGGGAUGGUCGAGAAGAUUUUCUCAUCACCAUGCGGCGACACUGCUGCCCGGGGCGGCACCUGCGACAGAGCAAAGGACAAACACAGCUUCAAUUUUUACAGGACGUUUAUUCUACUGCUGCAGCUUUCUGCCCUUUCGCUACUUUCCUUCGUCGUUCUGUUCGUGUACACGUCGCUGAGGUAG